AUGGACGUGCCCAGGAUGGCCGAGGGCCUGUUCAGCAGCACGCUGUCGUCGUCGGGCGGCGGCCAGCACGCGGCGUCACACCUGACGCUGGAGCAGAAGGCGGCCUUCGUCUUCGUGCUGCUGCUCUUCAUCUUCCUGGCGCUCCUCAUCGUGCGCUGCUUCCGCAUCCUGCUGGACCCCUACCGCAGCAUGCCCUCGUCCAACUGGACCGACCACACCGAGAAGGAUACCUUCGACUAUCGUAUUGUCUAA